AUGGCCGACAUCGAUGGCGUCGAGCAAUCUGGUGAACGACAGAGUCUCAGCGCAGUGGCGAGCAAUAGCCCAGAGAGCUCCUCUGGUGUUCCAUCUAGCCGGGAUGAACAAGAUCCUAUCAUACAAAUCUGGAACAAAGAGGCAGACCCGAUACCUCUCAACUCUUCCUCAUUCGAUCGUCAUGAAUGGGCAAAGCGAAAUAUCCAAAUCCUUGAUUCCAUAGCCGGUGAAGGUCGACAUCGUGGAAUUCUAUUCGAGGAUCUCUCUAUUCAGGGCUCUGCCUCGUCUCUCCAAGUUCAGCCAACGGUUCUUUCGGCUUUGAUUCGCCCUAUGUUAACGAUUGUGAACCUUUUCCUUCGCACGAAAGGUCAGGAACAGCCAACCAAUAUUCUGCAGAAUUUCGAUGGACUGGUGAGCAAUGGCGAGUUACUUCUGGUUCUGGGUCGCCCAGGUAGUGGAUGUUCAACAUUGCUUAAGGCGAUUUGUGGUUGCUUGGAUGGCUUGAGUUUAAACCCGGCCAGUAAGAUCCAGUACAAGGGAGUUUCGUUUGCUAGGAUGAUAAAGGAACAUCGUGGGGAGGUGGUCUACAACCAAGAAGAAGAUCAUCAUUUUCCACAUUUGACUGUUCGUGAAACCCUUGAGUUUGCUGCGUAUGCACGCGCGCCGCAUGCCAGGCUGGGUAACAUGAGUCGCGAUGAAUAUGCGAGGGUGGCAGUGCAGGUUGCUUUGGCCCUGUUCGAGCUCUCCCAUACGCAAAAUACCCAAGUGGGCAACGAAUAUAUUCGUGGAGUUAGUGGUGGAGAAAGAAAACGAGUGAGCAUAGCUGAAAUGACCCUAGCGAGAGCUCCCAUCGGUGCGUGGGACAAUAGCACACGAGGUCUUGAUGCAACCAGUGCACUGGACUUUGUCCAAACUCUUCGUCUGUCUGCCAACCUCACCAAAUCAUGCCACGCUGCCGCAGUAUACCAGGCUUCGGAGCCUAUCUACAAUACCUUUGAUAACGUCACAGUUCUCUAUGAAGGGCGGCAAGUAUAUUUUGGUCCCUGCCAUCAUGCUGUGGCAUACUUUGAAAAGAUGGGAUGGAAACGUCAUCCUCGACAGGUCAGCGCCGAUUUCCUCACUUCCAUAACUAAUCCAAGUGAGCGUUUACCUCAAGCCGGCAUGGAAGAGAAGGUUCCGCGAAGUCCAGAACAUUUUGAGACAUACUGGAGACAAAGUCCAGAGUAUUCGGAGCUUCGCGAGAAGAUGAAACAUCACUCUCAGAGGUUCCCUCUCGAUGGACAAGAAGAGAUCAGAUUGAACGACGCCAAACGUACCGAACAGGCCAACCAUGUCCGACCAUCCAGCCCGUUCCUUCUCUCUGUGCCGAUGCAAAUACGAUUAUGUCUUGUCAGAGCGUACCGACGAACUUUAAAUGACCGUGCAGGUAUUAUUGCGACCGCAGUGGUUCAAAUUGUUAUAGCUGUUCUGAUCAGCACUCUCUUCUAUAAUAUUCCAGCCACCUCAGUGGGAAUGCCCCAAAGGGCAUCCGUCAUCUUUUUGGCAGUUCUGACAAACAACUUGAUUGCUCUGCUGGAGAUCAACGUCCUGUACAGUCAAAGACCAGUCGUGGAAAAACAAGCUCGCUUCAGCUUCGUUCACCCGUUCACUGAGGCCCUCGCUGGAGUUAUCAUAGAUCUCCCUAUCAAGCUCCUUCGAUGUCUGAUUGCCAGCAUCAUCAUAUAUUUUUUGGCACAUCUUCAAAGAGAGCCUGGACACUUCUUUAUUUACAUCCUCCUCCAACUUGUGUCGGUUGUGACCAUGUCCGGGUUGUUUCGUUGCUUGGCCACGAUCACUAAAACACUCAGUCAAGCAAUGGCUUUGGGUGGAAUUAUCAUUAUCUGCAUUGCGGUAUACACUGGGUUUACUAUACCGCAGCCCGACAUGCGCCCAUGGCUUGGUUGGAUCCGUUGGCUCAAUCCGAUUUUCUACGCAUUCGAAGCAAUCAUGGCUAACGAGUUCCACGGUUUGCAGGCCGAAUGCGUGGAAUAUUUACCGGACUAUCCAUCCCUUUUGGGUCUGUCUUUUACUUGCUUGGAAGCGGGUGCUGUCGCCGGAGAGCACUUCGUGUCUGGAGACAGGUAUAUUGAGCAGCAUUAUGGUUACUCCUACGAUCAUCUAUGGAGGAAUUUUGGCAUUCUUAUUGCGUUCUUUAUUUCCUUCCACGUGUUUUAUCUCGUUCUGACAGAGCUUGUCCCACGCUCUGCCUCCGCUCCCAAGACGCUGUCAUUUCUUCCUGGUCAUAUACCCUCGAACUUGAGCCUAGACGAAGAAACCGGUCCGGGGCCCAAAGUAUCGAAAGAGCUUUCGAAGUCUAACUCGCAGUCUCGUGACUUGUUGCCAGAUCAAGGAAAUAUAUUUUCGUGGCAGGGAUUAUGCUACGACAUUCCAGUCAAAGGAGGAACAAAAAGGCUGUUGGAUGAUGUUAGCGGUUGGGUCAAGCCAGGGACCUUCACUGCUCUUAUGGGAAUGUCCGGUGCAGGGAAAACUACUCUUUUGGAUGUCUUGUCCCAGCGAAUGACAUGUGGCGUCGUAACGGGAGAUAUGCUGGUCAACGGUAGAAGCCUCAAUACCAGCAUCUGUCGCAAGACUGGAUAUGUGGAACAGAAUGAUCUUCACUGUGAAACUGCCACAAUCAGAGAGGCUCUUCGGUUCAGUGCAGCACUGCGGCAACCCCGGUCGGUCUCUAUGGAAGAAAAAUAUGCAUUCGUGGAGGAAGUGAUUCAACUAUUGGGAAUGGAGGACUUUGCUGAAGCCGUCGUUGGAAACCCUGGCGAAGGGUUGAACAUCGAACAGAGAAAGCUUCUCACCAUCGGUGUUGAGCUGGCUGCAAAGCCUGAAUUACUGAUCUUCCUAGAUGAGCCUACUAGUGGACUAGAUUCACAAAGCUCUUUGGCAAUAUUUUCGUUUAUGAGGAAGCUCGCUGAUCAUGGACAAGCGGUACUUGCAACAAUCCAUCAGCCCAGUGCUGUCAUGUUCGAACAAUUCGACCGCCUCCUGUUACUUGCGAAAGGCGGUAAGACUGUAUACUUUGGGGACAUUGGGGAUCACUCUCGCACUCUUCUGAAUUAUUUGGAAACAAAUGGUGCACGUCCAUGCGGAUCAAACGAAAACCCGGCCGAAUACAUACUUGACGUGGUCAGCGAAGGCUCACAGGAAAGCUCUCAAUCCCUCGAUUGGGUAGCAAUCUGGAAAAGGAGUCCUCAAAAUGAGCAAGUUCUUGAUCAUCUUCGUCAGAUCUCUUCGAAUCCAUCUGAGGCCCCGAAUAUCGACACUCAAAGCGAGCUUGAAUUUGCCAUGCCAAUUACUGCUCAAUUAUACCAGGUCAUGAAGCGUGACUUCCAGCAAUACUAUCGCCAGCCGGACUACAUCAUAGCCAAGCUUGCUUUGGGUAUUGUCUGUGGUCUCUUCGUCGGCUUCUCGUUUUGGAUGUCCGACGACUCUAACCAAGGCUUUCAAAAUACCUUGUUCAGCCUAUUCCUUCUAUGUACCAUUUUUUCCACCAUGGUCAACCAGAUUAUGCCAAAAUUCAUCGGCAGGCGGACUCUGUACGAGCUUCGCGAGCGACCAUCCAAGACGUAUUCCUGGAAGGUAUUCAUUUUUUCACAAAUCGUGGUUGAGUUACCCUGGCAGGCUCUACUUGGGGUUUGCACAUGGGCCUCUUUCUAUUUCUCUGUCUAUGGUGGUAAUCAAGAUCCGCAGCGCCAGGGGCUCGUCUUUCUUUUUGUGUUGCAAUUCUUCCUGUAUGCCUCUAGCUUUGCCUCAUUGGUAGCUUCUGCAGUGCCUAGUCCAGUGCUGGGCAGUAUGCUAGCUCUCUUUAUGUUUGUGCUGUCGCUGUUGUCUAACGGUGUCAUGCAGCCACCGAGCGCUUUGCCUCCCUUCUGGAGCCAGAUGCACAAAGUCUCACCUUUGACCUAUUAUGUCGGUGGUAUCAGUGCAACUGCACUACAUGGUCGUCCAAUUCAUUGCUCAGAACGAGAAAUGAUCAGUAUGGAGGCCCCUUUCGGACAAACAUGCGGAGAGUAUCUCGGAAAGUAUCUGGAGAUGGCACCCGGGCAGCUCUACAACUGGUCUUCUACUGGGCAGUGUCAGUACUGUCCCCUCCGCUCAGCUGAUCAAUAUCUUGCCGGUCGUGACAUUUUCUGGGAUAACCGGUGGCGAGAUUACGGGAUUCUCUGGGCAUACUUCACCUUUAAUAUCUUCGGCGCCAUCUUCCUAUACUACCUCUUCCGGGUUUUGCCAUAUUCCCGAUCGAACAAGGCCAAAAAGACGACAUCCUAA